AUGGCCAGGACAGCAUUCCCGCACGCCUGGAAGCAAGGAAACAUCCCAACGGGUGUCACCUUGGCCCGGAAUGGCCCUCCACUUUUCGAUGCUGCCAGAGAAACUGCCCAUAGUCUGCAAGAUUUGAUGACCCAGGAAAUCCUCAAGAGCACUGAUAUAGUUGAAGAGUAUGUUCGACGCAUCGAGGAAUAUAAUGGAUACCUCCAUGCUGUUUCCGAGUAUGCCCCAGGGGUAAUGAAAAGAGCUCGAGAGAUGGACGAAAGUCGAGCGAAGGGAAAUAUCCUUGGACCCCUCCACGGCAUACCAGUCCUUAUCAAGGACACCUUCGCUACUGAACCAGGCCUCAAAAUGUCUACCACUGCGGGAGCGGUUGCCCUGAUUGGAUCGCAGCCUUCCAAGAACUCAGCGGUUGUAAACAAGUUGCUCGAGGCUGGGGCAGUGAUUCUGGGAAAGACUACAGUGUCGGAACUCAGUUUCCGGAAGGGCUCUGGGAUUCCAUGCGGCUGGUCUGCAAUUGACGGUCAAGGACAGUCUCCUUAUGUUUGGGGAGGAUUUGACGUCAAUGACUCAAUUGGAGGACAUAGCGCACCAGGAGGUUCGUCAUCUGGCGUCUCUAUCGCAGUUGGCGCGAGCUUGGCGGCUGUUGGAGUGGGAGUUGAUACCGAUGCAUCCAUCACUGCGCCAGCAAUUAGAGCGUCAUUGUACUCGAUCAGACCUACGACUGGUAUAGUGUCUGUUGAGGGGGUUAUUCCAGUCACAAAGUCAUUUGAUGUUGCUGGUCCAAUGGCCAAGGACGUUCGCGAUGUCGCAGACAUGUUGACCGUUCUUGUGGACUCCUCUAAGACUCAAGUCCCAGAGGGUGGCUAUUCCUCGGCUAUAAAUGACAGCUGGAAAGAUCUGCGAGUCGGUACACUUGAUCCAAAUACUUGGAAUUACCCGGAAUUCUUGGUAAAGCCGGAACCUGAGGCAACGGAGCAAAUGACCAAGGCAACUCUGGACGCAUAUUCUAAAAUAAAGGCUCUAGCAGCUGGCUAUCAUGAGAAUAUUGACCUUCCUUCGGUGGGAGAGUUUGUGCUGGAUGGUACCCAUGCUUUCUAUACGACUUUAGAUGUCGAGUAUCCCCAGGCCUUGGAUGAAUAUCUUGAAGGCCUAGUAUCCUCUCCGGUGAGAAGCAUGCAAGAGCUGGUGGAAUGGAAUGAGGCGCACGCAGAAGAGGCGCUUCCAUCUGCGUAUCCAAACCAGGACCUUUUGACGACUGCCCUUAAUACCAACCUCUCGCCGGAAAAAAUACAGCUUUUACGAGAUCACUAUCUUAAAGUGGGCUCUAAUUUGGACAGGAUGUUUGAGGAGUACAAUAUCAACAUCAUUGUUGGGCCCGGGGACUGUUUCUUGCCAACAUACGCUUCAUCUAAAGGCUAUCCAAUCGCUGCGGUGCCUUUGACUUAUCUCGACUUCAAGGGUCGACCAAUUGGCUUGCAGGCAAUUGCUCCAGCUCACAGAGAAGAUGUUUUACUGAAUUUCAUGGCUGCUUACGAGACUUCCAUCGCGCAGAGAAAGCCCCCUGUCGCAUUUAUGGAAGCAGUCUCUUCGCAGAAGCCUUCUCAGCUUUGA